GCUUGAUACACCGCGGCAUUGUUUGGUCAUCACUCUCGAAAAUGGCGGCCGUACUGGACGAGGUCGGCAAAUCCGCCGAGAAACUCGUGGACGAGGAAAAGGACGAGAUCGUCGACGGGGAAGACAAAUCCGGAGCGGCGGAGGCUUCGAAGAAGAAAAAGAAGAAGAAAAAGAAGAAGAAGGCCGGUGCUGGAGAAGCUAGUGCAGAUGUACCAGAAGGGGAAGAAGAUAAGGCUAAGGAUGACGCCGAAGGUCUCGCAGGAGAUAUUGUCAAAGGCAUUGCUGAAGGUAUCGCCGAAGGUAUUGCCGAAGGCAUUGCCGAAGGCAUUGCCGAAGGUAUCGCCGAAGGCAUUGCAGAUGUGAUUGCUGAAAAUGAAGAAGCCAAAAAGAAAAAGAAGAAGCGCAAACCCAAAGACAAGGGUGGCGUUAAGCAGCAGACAGAUCCGCCGACUAUUGCCGUGUCGGAAUUAUUUCCGGAUGGUAAUUUUCCAGUCGGGCAAGUAAUGAUUCAUGGAUCCGCCGGAAUAGACGAUAGGAUGGCGAAAAUGCGCUUCACGAGCGAAGAGGCGCGUGCUCUCGACAGAAUGCAUAAUGAUAUUUACAAUGAAGCUAGACAGGCAGCCGAGGCACAUCGGCAAACUAGGAAGCAUAUUAUGAAAUGGAUUAAACCGGGAAUGACUAUGAUAGAGAUUUGUAACGAGCUGGAGGAGACCGCUCGAAAAUUGAUAGGGGAGGAUGGUCUACUGGCUGGAUUAGCAUUCCCAACCGGUUGUUCCCGCAAUCAUUGUGCGGCUCACUACACUCCGAACGCCGGCGAUCCGACUGUCCUUGAAUACGAUGAUGUCACCAAAAUUGACUUUGGGACUCACAUCAAUGGACGUAUUAUCGACUGCGCGUUCACUUUGACAUUUAAUCCCAAAUACGACAAGCUGAUCGAAGCUGUACGUGAUGCUACCAAUACUGGUAUCAAGGCUGCUGGUAUUGAUGUGCAAUUGUGCGACGUUGGUGCUGCUAUUCAGGAAGUUAUGGAAUCCUAUGAAGUCGAGCUGGACGGCAAGACGUAUCCGGUGAAAUCAAUUAGGAAUCUGAAUGGCCAUUCGAUUUCGCCCUAUCGCAUACACGCCGGGAAAACAGUGCCAAUUGUCAGAGGCGGCGAGGCGAUUCGAAUGGAAGAAAACGAGUUCUACGCGAUUGAAACUUUUGGAUCUACCGGCCGAGGCGUGGUUCAUGAUGACAUGGAGUGCUCGCAUUACAUGAAGAGUUUCGAUGCCGGUUUCGUGCCAUUGAGACUGCAAAGCAGCAAAUCUCUUCUCAACACUAUCAACAAGCAUUUUGGUACUUUGGCUUUCUGUAAGCGUUGGUUGGACCGCGUCGGUUGCACCAAAUAUCAAAUGGCGCUGAAAGAUCUUUGUGAGAAAGGGGCAGUGGAAGCGUAUCCGCCGUUGGUCGACGUCAAGGGCUGUUACACUGCUCAGUUCGAGCACACGCUCGUUUUACGUCCCACAUGUAAAGAAGUCAUUUCCCGCGGUGACGAUUACUAAAUCGGCCGUUGUUUCACAAGAAUUAUUAUCAGAUGUCACAAGCUAUGUAUUGUAAUCUCGAUGUAACAUCAUUGUCAAAGUAUCGCGUAUUCGCCCAUUCGAUCCACAGUGCGCGACGCGUUAAAAGUAAUCAUUGUAAGCGACGUUAGCGACGUGGCAUUUCUGAAUGUGAUGUACUGUACGUAACUUCGUCUUUUUUCUCGAUCAUAAAGAAACAUCGGCACAGCGACAAAAAUGGGUGCUGGUUAACACCCAUUUAUUAACUUACAACAUUUCGAGAUGUGUCGCUUAGAAAUACGUGUCUUUCGCAUUUCUUUCUUUUUUCUCCCACAAGCAUAAAUGUAUACUUCGAGACAAGGAUCUAUAUUCGCUGUUAUAUCCUUCGCAAUGUUUUUUUAUCCAUUUUAUUACUGGUUCCUUACACGUUGGGAUGGAAAUGACGGGGUUGACGUUUAAUGUUGAAUAAAAUAUAUUGGAAUCCGA